ACUUAUUCUAUUCUUUUAUGUAUUUGUGACAAUAGUGUCGGUUUCAGAGGAGCAUUUAAUCUGUUAAAUAUUGAAUAUCAGUUGUGUUUCCAUAGAAACGGUAUCACGCUGUUGCCUUGCUGUAGGUCAACAUGGAGCUCAUGGGUAGCAGUUAUGACGGAGAUUAUAAUAAUGGCAGAAUGGAGGGGACAGGUGAAUACACAAUCCCCACUCACACCAGAUAUGUUGGAGAAAUGAAAGAUGGCAUGUUUCAUGGAAAGGGAGUGCUGCAUUUCCCCAAUGGAAGCAAAUAUGAAGGGACUUGGGAAAAAGGAAUAUGCAAAGAAGGAAAGUAUACAUUUUCUGAUGGCCUGGAGUAUAAAGAGACUGACUGGGAUUACUGUGAUGGCGAAGACAGGCGUUUCUACUCUGAGAGGUGUAAUGGCCUCAAACCAGCAGGAGAAUCCCAGUUAACCGAUCGGGACCCUCCGCGGGUUAUUCCUGAUGGAUGCUAUGACACUGGCAAUGGCUUUUAUGAUCCCAAUACAAGAGUUGUCAAAGGCUAUGAUGGCAAUUUUCUUAGGAAUGCAGAUGACCAAGAACACGAGUGGAUUGUGCUGAGCUGCAGAAAGAGCUGGGAUGAGUUCACUGGCUACUGUCCAAGAACAAGCACACUAGAGGAGAAGUGAGAAUACUCACACACAGACAGCCCAUUGUAUAUGGAUGACAUCUGAAUGACACGUUUAUGCAGCUUUGUGAUGCAGUUUUUUUGGCAAUACAGUUAAAUAAAUCAAAGCAGACUUGUGAUGGAAAACGAAAAAUAAAAUGUGA